AUGGCUGACAUUCACAAUGAGGAUGAAAACCCAACGCCUCUUCGAAUCAUAGAGUCCGGCCGCGCAAGCAGUUCAAUGGCUGCUUCGGUGGAUCCUCCGAUUAGUGAAGGUGUUCCAGCAGCGGAUACGACGGCGACACAACAAGAGAGAGAACAGAAGCAAAACGAUUCUGAAGAAGAAGAGGAGGCCGGGCAGAAUUCAGGCCAGGAAGAGGAGUCCAGCGAGAGUGAGGAGGAGGAGGAGGAGGAGGCCGCCAAAGAGGAGGAGGCUGCCGAAGAAAAGGCAUUUAUUUUCCGGAGCGUAAACUAUAGAAAGUACGGAUUGGAGGUUGUAAGCGAUACGAUAUCGUACUUCCCUGUGAGGGUGACAUUGAGGUCAAGUUGGGAUGUUUCAACGAGAAUAACGAGGAUUUUAGGGACAAUGAGGAAUGGCGAGGUUGAGGAAAAAAGAAUAACGGAUAGUACAGGAGCCAAAAGGUUGGCUAACAAGGUUUUGGCGGGGAACAAGUCUAUUAAGGCACAGGAAUUAGAGGACAGGUUAAAAGAUGGCUUGGAUGUAUGA